AUGCGCAACCUUAAGAAUGUGCACCUCACAGAGGUACAAUUUCAAAGCCAUCUACCUCUAACAGCAACUACAUGGGACACGGCGUCAGACUCUGUGAUUUGCACAUUUGGCCCCUCAGAAGGACAGCCUAUCAUCGAACUGAGAAGAAAGCGGCGCGAUGCGUAUUUCUCGGAUUGUGUCGACGCAGACGCAUUUGAAUGCAUCGCGUCUUGGGAUUCGCCUUGUCUCUUGCCAGGCCUGCCAUAUGAUCGGGUCCUUUCCCUGCACCAUUUUGCAGAUAAUCUUACCGUUUGUCUGGUGCUGGAAGGCGGCGAUAUCGUCGUUGUCCGUGAAGAGCCGUUCCCUGGCCAGGACAAGAUCGAGAUUGUGGGGACGGUGGACGUUGGCAUCACCGCAGCCGCCUGGUCCCCCGAUGAAGAGCUGUUGGCGGUUACCACGAGAACAAAUACACUCCUUUACAUGACUAGGGAGUUUGAGCCUGUUUCCGAAAUUGCAUUUACUCCGGAAGAUCUCAAGGUCUCCCAGCAUGUCUCUGUCGGCUGGGGGAAGCGAGAAACACAAUUUCAAGGGAAAAGAGCCAAGGCUCUGCGAGAUCCGACAGUGCCCGAGAAAGUCGAUGAGGGAAAGUUGAGCAAUUACGAUGAUGGGAGCACGAGUAUCAGCUGGCGAGGAGACGGCGCCUACGUCGCUGUCAACAGCGUAGAAGGGGGUGUCCGUCGAGUCAUCAGAGUAUACUCGAGAGAGGGAACUCUGGAUAGUGUAAAUGAGCCUGUCGACGGGCUGGAAGGGGCUCUGAGCUGGAGACCGUCUGGAAACCUCAUUGCUGGUAUCCAAAGACUCGACGAUCGGGUCGAUGUGGUCUUCUUUGAGAGGAAUGGUUUACGACACGGCCAGUUCACACUUCGACUUAGCGAAGAAGAGCGGGCGUCGUGGGCCUCGAAUAUUCAGCUAAGCUGGAAUGUCGACUCCACUGUCCUCGCGGUUCGUUUCAGAGACAGACUGCAGUUGUGGACAAUGGGGAAUUACCACUACUACUUAAAGCACGAAGUGUUUGUUGCAGCCGAUACUGAAUACAAGCCACCCUUCUUUUUCAGAUGGCAUCAGGAAAGGGCCCUGCGCUUUGUUAUUGGCACUCAGGGCUCAAUAUUGGUCAAGGAUUAUGUUUUCAACGUUUGUCACGGUUCCACGGUGGCCCCGAACGAUAUUGGGGCGGUUGCCGUAAUUGAUGGCAAAAUACUGAAGUUGACUCCGCUGAGGCUAUCAGGAGUGCCUCCUCCAAUGGCCCACCAUGAGCUGAAGCUCAAUUCAAAUGCCAUUGACGUUGCAUUUAGCAAAAGCAACUCUCGAUUUGCUGUCCUAAUGAAAGACCACUUCUCUGUAUUUCUGUGGCCCAUUAAAAAUAAGCUUGUUCAACCUCCAGUUCUCGAGUCAAGCUACCAAUUACCGGAAGCGCCUGAGAGCCGACCCAGGCAGAUUGCAUUCCUGAAUGAGAAUGAAGUGUAUAUUCUCAGAGACAAUGGUCCGAAUAAUACGCAAAUCGAACUCACGGCAUUGGAAACGCGCUCAACUGAGAUUGUACACAAGUCAGAGGAGUCGGAGCAAUUGUACUCGAUUUCCACAGCAGUUGGGCAUGCAGGACUAUGGUUCUCUCACACCCUCCAUCCUGGGAUGAUUAUUUCUUAUUCAUCCAUAACUUCAUCUUCAUCUCAUAAAUCUGAAAUCACCGCCUGGAAGGAAAGCCCGGCGAUUAACACCUAUUGGGCGAAAGCUGUGCAAAUCCCCGACGAAAAGUACCUCUUAAUCACCUUGUCCCCCUCAGGAGCCCUGUAUGCAAAUAAACGUCUACUGGCAAAGAACUGCACAUCCUUUUUGGUUACCCCAGUUCAUCUAUUAUUCACAACUUCUCAGCACUUGCUCAAGUUUGUCCAUUUGGCCAGUGCGGAAGAAAUGGAAGUCCCAGCGGAUACCCCUGAGACAGACGAGCGAUGCCGGAGUAUCGAGCGCGGAGGGCGUCUGGUGACGGUAAUGCCAUCGAUAUUCGCCGUGACUUUGCAAAUGCCUCGAGGAAAUCUUGAAACUAUUUACCCUAGGGCUCUCGUCCUCGCAGGAAUUCGCUCCUUCAUCGAUAAGAAAAACUAUUGUUCUGCGUUCCAUGCCUGCCGUAGCCAGAUGGUGGACAUGAAUAUUCUACAUGACUAUGCUCCCAAGCAGUUUAUGGAGAACAUUCCGCUGUUUAUCGAGCAGGUGAAGAAACCCGACUUCAUCGACGACUUUCUUUCCCGCUUGCGAGAGGAGGAUGUUUCGCAAACACUUUACAAGGAUACGUUGAAAAUAGCCAAGGAUGAACCCACAGCCGAUCUGAAAGAGGACGCUGCGGUUCCCUUCACGAAACAUAGCAAGAGUAGCAAAGUCAACCGGAUCUGUGAUGGGUUCCUUGCUGCUCUGGAGAACCGCGUCGACACCAAUUUAAGAAACCUCAUCACAGCACAUGUUUGCAAAUCACCGCCUGAUCUGGAGGCAGCUCUUCGAUUAGCUGCUCGUCUAAGAGAGCAAAAUAAGGAGCAAGCAGAAGAUGCAGUUGAACACAUGUGCUUCUUGACAGAUGCAAACCAACUUUAUAACGAGGCGCUAGGCCUCUAUGACCUGGAAUUGACCCUCUUAGUCGCCCAGCAGGCUCAGAGAGACCCGAGAGAAUAUCUCCCAUUCCUGCGGAAAUUACAACAGCUCCCAGAACUUCGACGGUAUUAUGAAAUCGAUAAUUACCUUGGGCGCUUUGCAAAAGCGUUAAAGCAUUUACACUCGCUCAAAGCAUACGACGAACUUCGGGCAUAUGCCAUUAAGCAUGCUCUGUAUGUAGAAGCACUUCAGCUCUACAAAUAUCAACCGGAGCAGUUGCAGGAUAUUACACAUGUAUAUGCCGACUACCUCUCCGAUCAAUCAAAACACAAAGACGCGGCUGUCGCUUAUGAAUCCCUUUCCCUUUACAAGGAAGCUCACAAAUCCUACCAAUUGGCCCAUUGCUGGAGCGAGUCCCUGUACUGCGCCUUAAUGGUUCCUCUGUCCGAAGCAGACAUGACUGCUCACGCCACUGCCCUGGCCGCAGCUCUGAUAGAAGAGAGCCAUGACUACGUAUCUGCUGCUAGAAUCUAUGCCGAGCAUAUACAUGAUAUCCCAGCGGCCGCUCGACUACUUUGCCGUGGCUCCCGCUUCGCAGACGCUACACGCCUCCUUGCAUUGAAUGGCAAGCAGAGCCUGAUUGCAGAAAUUGUCGACGCAGGUCUCGCAGACGCAAUGGGGUCUAUGACCGACCUCCUUGCCGACUGCAAGAACCAACUCAACUCCCAAGUGCCCCGAAUUCGCGAACUUCGUGUCCGCCGAGCAGAAGACCCCCUGGCCUUUUUCGGAGGCGACCCUACUUCCGGUGAAGCUGGGGCUGACAUCCCCGAUAAUGUCUCCCUCGCCCCGACGGAGGCCUCUACCCUCGCCGGCCGCAGCAUUUUCACCAGGUACACGGGAAAGACAACAAGCUCCCGGAUGACGUCCAAAACGCGCCGUCGAGAAGAACGCAAACGCGCACGGGGCAAGAAGGGCACUGUCUACGAGGAGGAGUAUCUGGUGAACAGCGUGCGACGGCUCAUUGAACGGGCCAACAGCGCUAUCUCCGAGGUUGAGUCGUUAGUCGACGCCCUUUUACGACGGGGAAUGCGGGAACGCGCGGCGGCCAUACAGAAGGCUCUGCAUGAAUUGCUAACCAUGUGUGCUGAUUGUCGCGAGGAAGUAUUCGACCUUUCGAGUUCCACUCCGGCAGGCACAAGUGCAGAGGAGCACCCCACGGAGUUAUUCAGGCCUCAGACUGAGGAACUGCCGCGUGUUCAUGGAGGUGAUGCGGUAUAUUUAAACAGCAUCCUUGCUGUUGCUGAUCCACUGAGGGGGAGAGAGGUGCCUGUGGUCAAAGAGAUGAAGAAGUCGGCGUUGCUGGGUUGAGUUCUGUUGGGUUGUUAAUGAUAUAAAAGUGUCUUUAGAUAUCAUGUCCUGUAGUCGAUAUGCCCGGCAAUAGAAUUGAAAACGGUAUAUGUAUUGUUCGAGGAACUUGAAUCCAUGAUAUUUUCAACCACGUGUCUCUAAGUCUCAAUGUUUCAUGUUUCUAUCGAGUUGACUUGGUAGUAUCUAAUGAA